CUUAAGGGUGUGUGUAAAUAAUUUGAUGUGAUUACAAGUGUGGAUUUUUAAAAACAAUUAUGGAUGAAGCAACUUUUGUGCUUACGUUAUAAAGAUGUGUAAUACAUAGCCACCGACAAUCAACGGAACGCCGCAAUGACGGCUUCAACUAGUAAGGUCCGAGAUCACGUGACUUCUCUACGGAAAAAUAACCCAGAUGAAGUGGAGGUGAUUGAGAAUGGCGGGCUCAGUCCUCAGCUGUCCGUAAAGACGGACGCCGACGCCGACGACGAUACCUGCUCAGAAAUAAUCCGUAUAGAGCAAGAAGUGAAAGACGAUGAAGGAACGGCUGUUGGAAGAAUUGUUAGAACAAUACAGGUCAUAAAAGCCUGGGCGUCAGGAAGAUUGCGUGGCACGCGACCAUUGCCACAGCGACCAGAUUCGUUUCUGGAACGCGUUGCUAUGGGCGGGGCAAACGAAUCCAGGUCACAUACACCAGAGAGACGGACAAGAAAAAUAUCUGAUAUCAAAUACUGGCGGGGCUUCGUGGUGGACCCAAGCGACACGUUCUACUACCGCUGGCUUCUCUUCGUCUCGUGUGCAGUCAUGUAUAACGUACUAUUUAUAGUAUCACGUAGUGUCUUCUGGGAACUCCAAGAUAAUUAUCUCCCAUUAUGGCUCACACUUGACUACCUUAGUGACGUCAUCUACAUAUGUGACAUGUUUUUCUCCUCUAGAACAGGUUAUCUGGAGGAAGGCCUGUUGGUUACAAACACGACUAAACUCAGAAAGAACUAUUUCAAAGGAACAAACUUUAAGAUGGACGUGAUAAGUAUUAUUCCUACAGACGUUUUCUACGUUCUUACUGGCAUUAAUACGCCAGAACUAAGGUUCAACCGAAUCGUAAAAUUCAACCGCGUGUUAGAGUUCUUUGACAGAACAGCAACACGGACUAGUUUCACGAACAUUUUCCGCAUUCUCAAUCUAGUGCUGUAUAUAUUGAUCAUCAUCCAUUGGAAUGCUUGCAUCUACUUUGCGAUAUCACACGCCAUAGGUUUUGGUUCCGAUGGUUGGGUUUAUGGAAACCUAAGCAUACCUGAAAACCAGCCCUUAACUCGAAAGUACAUAUACAGCUUCUACUGGUCAACGUUGACUCUAACAACGAUUGGCGAAACCCCUCAACCUGAUAGAGACAUAGAAUACCUCUUUGUUGUUGUCGACUUUCUCAUUGGGGUUCUCAUUUUCGCCACCAUCGUUGGUAACGUUGGUUCGAUGAUUACUAAUAUGAAUGCAACCAGAGCGGAAUUCCAACAGAAAAUGGACGGUGUAAAACAGUAUAUGGAAUUUAGAAAAGUGUCAAAGGAGCUCGAGCAACGUGUAAUAAAGUGGUUUGAUUAUUUAUGGAUUAACAAACAAUCACUUAACGAAGAGGAAGUACUGUCAGCAUUACCGGAUAAAUUAAAAGCUGAAAUAGCAAUACACGUGCAUCUUGAUACUUUGAAAAGAGUGGCCUUAUUUCAGGACUGUGAACCGGGUUUACUUGUAGAGUUGGUGCUUAAACUGAAACUUCAGGUGUUCAGUCCAGUUGAUUAUAUUUGUAGAAAAGGUGAUAUUGGUAAAGAAAUGUACAUAGUGAAACGUGGUCAACUUGGUGUGGUCUCUGAUGAUGGCAAGACAACGUUUGCAACGUUAAGUGAAGGCAGUGUGUUUGGGGAAAUCAGCAUUCUUAACAUCGCCGGUAAUAAAAAUGGAAAUCGUCGGACUGCAAAUAUAAGAAGUGUUGGGUAUUCGGAUUUGUUUUGUUUGUCUAAAGAUGACCUUUGGGAGGUGCUUAAUCAAUAUCCGGAUGCUAAGAAAAUACUUAUAGAUAAGGGAAAGAAAAUAUUAAAGAAAGACAACUUAUUAGAUGAGGAUUUAAUGGAAAAGAUGGAACAGCAACAAGAAACUACCGAACAGAAAUUGGAAAGGAUAGAAAGUGGUCUAGACACGCUGCAAACUCGGUUUGCACGACUUUUAGCAGACUUUAAUUCUACACAGCAGAAGUUGAAGCAACGAAUAACCCGAGUUGAAAAGACAGUACCAAAGGACCUUGACACGUUGUCAACUGGAUCCUUUCUUGACACGUGACACAGAGAUAUGAAGCAUUCGAACAAGUUUCAUUAAUUGGUUAUGGUUAAUUGCGUUCUUGAUAGAAUUUGAUUUGCCAUCAAAACUGGUAUGAGAUUCGAGAAAACGUGGUGAUUUAAAAUAUGAUGCAGAAAGGGGAACAAAUCACGGGAUAAGAUAUAUAUUUAUUGCUGUAUAGAUUGUAGCCAGGGUAAGACAAAGAAGGUCUAAUGAAAGACACAUCUACCAUUUUUACAAUACGUAAUGAUUUGCAGGUUCGAAUCAUUAUACAUUUGAAUCAUAUUUAUAUACGUGUAUGGACUUCAUUUAAUGAUAUGUCUUCCAUCGCACGUUUCAAAUGUCAAUAUAUUUUCUUUAUGUUUGUUCCAAAGAAGCACGUGUAUUCCUUCAAACAAAACAGCUAUAGUGUGAGCUUUGCUCUCUUUGGUCCAAAUAAUAACCAUUAUCCGGUAAAUUCAAGUGAGACUCUAAUAUAACAAAAAAGGAGUACUCUGAAACAGCUGUAUUCUUUAGAAAUGCUUGUUAGAAGUUAGAAAACGAGCGGUUAGUCCUAUUGACAGUCUUACGGAACACUUACCAAGAGCUAGAUGACAUCAUAAGAAUUUAGUAUAUACACGUAUGAAAAACUAUUCAGUAGCUCGUGUGGGCAAAAGGGACGAGCAAACGAGAAACAUGGACAUUUUCACGCUGGCACGCAUAUGCUGAAGUUAACCUCAUAUCUAUGCAGUCAUUAUACAUAUACUGUAGACGCAUAGCUUUAGCUUGUGGGAGAAGAGACCAGUUAUAAAUGAUAUUGUCCGGCUGAAAAAUGUCCGAAUUAAGCGUCAAGAGUUUGGUCUAAGUUUAAACACUUUGUUUACAUUUCUAAACCAUUCGAGUUCAUCAUAGCUCAGUAUUUGCCUUUAGUUGCUCGUCAGGUGGUAUAAUACGUGUCUCAAACGACAUAGCCGAGUAGAUGCGACGUGUCCAUGUGGGUAUAACUGUCACUCGGCGGGCCCCUUGUACGAGCAUAACUUUUUUUUUGUUUAAUUGCACGUGCAAAAAGAAAAUAUGUAUAUGUAUUUAUAAAAUUCGACUGCUUCUA